CUUGUGUUGUACCACCUGUACGAACGGUGUAUAUGGAUCAGCUCUAUCGAUUCGCUUUGUUGGUUUCUUCACUGUGACUGUGAGUGGCUAGCUUGCGUGUUCUCAGCAUCAUCGUCUAGACUAUCACCAGCUAGCUAAUAAAGGAACAACCUCAUCACCAGUCAGUCCAACCACGCACCAAGGUCAGUAGUAGCCUGGCGGCCAUGGCGAUGGCGCCUCAGGGGCAGGCCGAGCACGGCCAAGUCCACGUCCACGACCAUCAGCUUGGCCACCGGCCCGAGCCCAACAGCAGGCACCCCGACCCCGGCGCGGCCGCCACGAGCAGCAUCGCCACCAACCGGUGGGGGCCCUACUCCGGCGCCGGCGAUUUUGCCAGCAACAUGGCCGUCAUCCUGGCCGCCCUGCUGACCGCGCUGGCGCUCGCCCUGGCGCUCAACGCCGCCGUGCGCUACCUCCUCAGUCGCAGCCGCCGAGCUCGGCGCGGUCGCGCCGGCUCCAGCUCCGGGGAGAGGGACAGGGACAGCGACGCCAACAUCUCCGACCCGGAGAAGCUGGCCGUGGAGGCGCCCCCGCCCCCGCCCCCGCCAGCCCUGGUUUACUCCGCGGCCGGGACCAAGCUGGCGGGCGCCGCGGCGGAGUGUGCCAUCUGCCUGGCCGAGUUCGCAGACGGGGACACCGUGCGCGUCAUGCCGGUCUGCGGCCACGGCUUCCACGCGCGAUGCAUCGAGCUCUGGCUCGCGGGGGGACGCCGCUCCUCCUGCCCGACGUGCCGCGCACCGGCCGGAGCUGCCGCGGCCACGCCAUCGUCGUCGUGAAUAAUGGCUCGGUUUGGCCAUGGCCAGUUGCGACGAUGUUCACUGUUCUUGGCACAGGCGCACAGCUAGCAUGUGUCGGUUCGGUGUUCCUUCAUUUUCAGUUUGCGUGUUGUAGUGGAUCAUUCUAUAUAUUCUAAAAUAAUGUGUCAAUAUAUCUAUAUACUCUUGUUUAAUCUGUUCAGGGUUGCCAUUAA